AUGAGCGCCCUAAGGCCCUUACUUAUCGACCGUCUACCCCAUGAAAUCCUCUUGAUCAUAUUCGAGAUUGCUGUGGACGUCGAGCGCCCACACGAAACCUUUCUUCUCAAGUCCGGCGACGACUCGAAACCCAUCUAUUACUCGCCCCAUGUCCAGGAGACCAUCUCCCACGUUUGCAAGGAGUGGCGAGCCGUCGCCUUGAGGGCAUCGUCCCUGUGGAACACUUUACAUUUCAACAAGGUAUCCGACAUCCAUAGGGCGCGGGAGUAUUGCCAACGAGUAGCCUCCUCCAGCUACUUUGAUAUCCUGAUCCUCACUGUUUCCGAGGAAGAUUACAACAAAUCUGGGCGGCGCCGUCUGUGGAAAGACGAAUUGGAAGAGAUUUUCUCUCUGUUGGCACCCCAUACAUCCCGUUGGCGUUCUUUUCAUCUCCAAGUUCGUGAUGGCAGAUGUAAGCAGGUGGCGAGAAAGUACAUAGGGACACAAGUCGGAAAAUUAUGUGGUCCAGCUCCCAAACUGCAAACCUGGCAGCUAUACCACUUUGAAGAUUAUCGAAGACAGGAGGAUCUUCGAGAGGCGACAUUCAGACAGCCUGUAAUAUGUUUCGAAAACGAGAUUCCAAACCUGAAGCACCUAAGCCUAAUAGGUGUCAACCUUCCCUGGAAUAGUCCAUAUCUUCAGGGCUUGCACAGUCUGGAGCUCUGCCUGCAUCCCGAAAACAUUCGACCCGACUACACUGAUUGGCACAACAUGCUCACCCGUUCGCCGGAGCUAAAAUCGCUGUUUCUUCAUUAUUCCGGCCCAAAAUUUCGCGAGGUAAAAUGGCCAAGCAUGCCAGACAUCGUCUUACCCCAGCUCGAGUACCUAGGGUUCGUUGACCUCGAGCCUGACUAUCUUCAAGCUAUCACCGCCACACUCCAGGUUACGAACGUCGCAAGGCUGAAAUUGGAAUUGGGAGACGCAGAUGAUGAAACAUUUUUCUACAAUAACUGGUUGAAGUCCAUUUCCACCCCCACCCCUCGUUUCCAAUCCCUCACUUCGCUCACUAUCACUGCGUUACAAUGCGACGAUCCCUCCCUCAAACUCUUCCUCGGGACCUUACCUGAACUUACAGAGUUGGAGCUAAAACAUAGUGUUUGGCUGAACGUUUGGAGGAUGUUCGUGGACGACCUAAAAUGGAAAGAGGUCACAGGCCCAGACGGGAUUGUGAAAGGGGUAUCAGCUGGCACAGGGGACGACCCUCUGCUUCUACCGAAGCUUGGAGUGUUGAAGGUUAGGGGAACACGGAUCGAUGAGUCCAGCGACUGCCGAUGCAACGUGAAGCUCCUUCUGAAAUUCAGGGAAAGGGAGGGCCCCAAUCCUAGACCGAGACAUGAAUCGCCAGUACCACACUCGGCGUCUGAUAGACCGGUAUUCACGAUUGUGGGAACGCUUCCUGUACAAGUCUUACCUCCCGCAGGCGCAGGAACCAGCGACCGUAAUCGGCAGACGAAUGUGCUCAGGAGACUCGUCCAGGCUGACCGUCUCACGGAUGACAGGUCUCAGGAUGCCGAGAAUGACAUCAACUUGAACUGGAAGGUUCUUGUUGACAUUGAAGAUAUCACUGACGAUGAUGAGGAUGAUGUGGAUGAUGAGGAUGAGGAAGCCUAUGGGAGUGGUGAAGAAGACGAUGAUGUAGAUGUCGACGAUGACCUGUUGGAGGAGGGGGAUAUUGAAGAUGAAGAUUGA